AUGCUAACAGCAGAGGCGAUGAGCCGAACUCACCGGUCACACUCCACCGUCGUGGCCGUGCCCUCUCACGUUUCCGACGCUCUGAACGACACGCAGCUAGUACAGCUGCUGACGUUGAAGGUCGGCACCCGCGUGCUGCUGCAGUGCAACGUAGCGCCGCGCUAUCGUCUCGUGAACGGCUCUGUGGGGAUUUUUUACCGGUUUCCUGCUCCCCCGCUGGAGCUGCCUGCACGUGUGCAGGCGCUGCGGCGAAGGCGACGGUGGAGGAUGCAUCCCCGGCAAGAUGUUUGCCACCCGCCUACCCCUGACCAGGGCGGAGCUCCGCCACCGCCGCCGUGGGUUCAACAGCUGCUUCGCCGCGGCGGGUUUGGCUGCGGCUCUGAUGUGCUCGCCUGCGUGGAGACGUUUCAGGCUAUGGACGUUGAAUCUCUCUGGCGGCGGGUGCGCAAGCAACUACAACGGCGGCAUGGCAAACGCGACGGCACACCAUCGCAGCGUUGCCGCAACCACCGCGAGGUGACGGGCACUAGCUGUGUAGAUGUAGGAUUGGGGAAGGCCAUGCAGACCGAUAAGGGAGGAACGCACAGCUUCGCGCAGCCCCUGCAGCAGCAGCAGCAGCAACUGAAGCGCAUCCCAUACGGGGCGUUUUCUCCGUCUGCUCACUACGCACACUUUCGCCGCAUCUUAUGCAACGUAACGCCGCCCGGGUCAUCGCUCGCCGUCACCGUGUGCGCCUUCAGACGAGGCCCAGCAGAUCAGGCCAGCGCACCGCUGUUUGCACGACCUUACAGAGGCGGAACUCGCGCAAGAGCGGCUGCCUGUGGUGCGGUUUCAGUGGCCUGUUGA